UACCAUCAGUCCGUUACACUAACUAACAUCUCCUCUAAUAAUAAUCUGUGAUAAAUAAAUUUCAGUUGAGUUGCCCAUUAUUUAUUAUAAUGAAAAGUGAAUAAAAUUAAAUUAAAAAAAAAUAAAUAAAUUCAAUAAAAAUGGGUAACGAUAAGAAAGACCCAGGAGGGCAAGUGAAAAUUGAUUGCAAUUCGCCAGUGCCCGAUCUUAAUAGCCAAAUGGCAGUUCCGAAUCUUCCGACUCCGCUAACGUUGGAAGAGAAAAAGUACCUUUUGGCAGUGGAACGUGGUGAUCUUUCAAGUGUUCGUCGAAUGCUUCAACGUGGAUUUCGAAAACGGACAAUUGAUGUAAAUUGCGUGGAUUCGUUUGGUCGAGGGGCAAUUACUUUGGCAAUUGAUUCGGAAAAUUUGGAGAUGGUAGAGUUGUUGGUGGUAAUGGGAGUUGAAACUAAAGAUGCUUUGUUGCAAGCAAUUAAUGCGGAAUUCGUGGAGGCAGCGGAACUUUUGUUGGAACAUGAGGAGUUGAUUCAUAAAGAAGGAGAACCUUAUAGUUGGCAACGCGUCGAUAUUUGCACAUCGAUUUUCACACCAGAAAUUACUCCCUUGAUGUUGGCUGCGCAUAAAAACAACUACGAAAUCUUAAAAAUCCUCCUGGAUCGUGGCGCUAAUCUCCCGAUGCCUCACGACAUCAAAUGUGGCUGCGACGAUUGCCUCCGUGACUCAUCCGAAGAUUCUCUCAGACAUUCAUUGAGUCGCGUUAACGAAUACCGAGCUUUAGCAAGUCCCUCUUUGAUCGCUUUGAGUUCAACUGAUCCGCUCUUGACAGCCUUUCAACUGUCCUGGCAACUUCGUGAAUUAGCUUUCACCGAACAAGAAUGCAAAACGCAAUAUUUGGAACUGCGGAAGCAAUGUCAACAAUUUGCCGUGGAUUUGUUGGAUCAAACGCGAACGUCCCAGGAAUUGGCAAUCAUCUUGAAUCACGAUCCCGAUGCUCCGCCUUACAUGGAUGGCGAUCACAUGAAUCUCGCGCGAUUGGAACAAGCGAUCAAUUACAAGCAGAAGAAAUUUGUCGCGCAUCCAAAUAUUCAGCAAUUGUUGUCGUCGUUGUGGUACGAAGGUGUUCCGGGAUUUCGGAGAAAAACGGGAGCGCAAAAGUUGGGAAUUUGUGUAAAGGUUGCUGCGCUGUUUCCGUUCUACUGCUUGAUGUACAUGUUUUUCCCGCUUUGUGAGUCAGCCAAGUUGAUGCGGAAGCCGUUUAUGAAGUUUUUGAUUCAUGCCUCGUCUUAUCUCUUUUUCUUGUUUAUUGUAAUUUUGGUCUCACAACGAGCGGAAAUCCAAGCAGUGUUACUUUUCGGUACGGACGAUAUGAAACGUGCAGCGCAAGAGCAACUCGCCAAGGCACGUGGCAACGGUCCAACGCCCUUAGAAAUACUUCUCGUAAUCUAUGUCGUGGGUUUUAUAUGGGAAGAAACGCAGGAAAUCUUUCUGGAUGGUCUUCGAAGUUAUCUGAAUAACAUGUGGAAUUUCAUCGAUUUUGCACGAAAUUCGCUCUAUGUUAUGGUCAUAUUUCUCAGGACUUAUGCAUAUGUCACACAAAAUAUGGAAAUAAGUCAGGAUCCGGCAAAAGCGUACGUUCCGCGAGAGCAAUGGGAUGACUUUGAUCCGCAACUUAUCGCGGAAGGUCUUUUUGCGGCAGGAAAUGUCUUUUCGGCAUUGAAAUUGGUGCACUUGUUCUCGAUUAAUCCGCAUCUUGGACCGUUGCAGAUCUCGUUGGGACGAAUGGUGAUUGAUAUUGUCAAGUUCUUCUUUAUUUAUUCGUUGGUUUUGUUUGCGUUUGCUUGUGGUCUCAACCAGCUUUUAUGGUACUUUGCGGAUCUCGAAAAAGACAAAUGUUACAGUUUACCUGGCGGACUUCCCGAUUGGGAAAAUCGCGAAGAAGCUUGUAUGAAAUGGCGUCGAUUUGGAAACUUAUUCGAAUCCUCACAAUCUCUGUUUUGGGCUAGUUUCGGUAUGGUUGGCUUGGAAGCCUUCGAAUUGACCGGCAUCAAGUCAUACACUCGCUUCUGGGGACUUUUGAUGUUCGGUUCUUACAGCGUGAUCAACGUUAUCGUCUUAUUGAACCUUCUUAUUGCCAUGAUGUCGAAUUCGUACUCGAUGAUUACGGAACAAUCGGAUACCGAAUGGAAAUUUGCAAGAACUAAGCUGUGGUUGAGUUACUUUGAGGAGAGUGGAACUUUGCCACCGCCAUUUAAUAUUUUCCCAACAAUGAAGAAUUUCCAGAAUUUGUGUGGACGGAAGAAGCGUAAGGCGAUUAGGAGACAAAAUACAAUUCGACGAAAAGUGGAAGAAGAACGCGUAAAUCGAUACACGGCAGUAAUGCGAGCUUUGGUAUGGCGUUAUGUGGCUGCCAUGCAUCGUCGAUUAGAUGACAGCCCAGUAACUGAUGACGACAUUAACGAAGUUAAGAAUGACAUUUCAGCGAUGAGAUGCGAAAUGCUCGAUAUUUUCCAAAGAUCUGGCAUGGAUUGUUCUGGCGUUGAUAAACGAGAAAAAACUGUUUUGGCCAAGAAAAUGAAAGUCUGGGAACGCCGCUUGAUGAAAGACUUCCACGUGGCUCCGAUUGACGUUGAAAAUCCCGACGACGAAGAAAUUCCCGAAGGAGAGACAUCUAUCGCCAGGUUUAAGCGAAUUGCUAAGAAAGUUGCUUCGGAAACUACUUCCGGUAGAUGGAGUGAGGUUAUGCGAGGUGUUGGUAUCGAAGAUGGAUCCCAAAUUGGUCGUUGCCGCAACAGACAAAGCUUUAAAAAUCAACAAAAUCUCCAAAGAGCGAUGGAAGAAGCUCGCAGAUUGGUGAUGCGAAGUCCUUUACCCGGAUCUCCCAGUUUUUCGCCCAACAUGGAUGCCUUAGAUCCAACGACGAACACUUUAAUGCAGUUAUUGCGCAAUAUUACCGAAGAAGUUGGCGACGACGAACGAUUAUCAGUGACUGUAAAUGACGGAAAUGGACCUUCACCCUUGCACCAGCUCGGAGCUCAAUUGCAAGCUUUCAUCAGCAAGAACCCGUCACCUUAUCAAACAACAAAUUUGGGAAAACCAACUCCUUGUGGCACGAAAAAGAAGUCUCCUAAGCCCGGAAGUUCACCAAAACUCCCCCCAAAAGAGCCAAAAACCACACUUUCGCCCACAACUCUUUCAAUUUCCGGCAUAAAUUCGCCUCCGCCGAAAACAGACGCUUCUGAAGAAUCCGAAGUUGCUGUCGUUCGAAGUCCCACACCGAAAUUAAUUUCUCCCGUGGCAUCGCCCCCGCCUCCAAUUCACAUCAGUGAGCCAUGUGAAGUCCAAAUUUCCGAUAACACAGACCACUUGGUUGACAUUGACCUUGAAAUUCAAAAGGAACCUCUUCCCUCAACCGCCAAAUCUCCUCCAAAAGUCGUCAAACGAAAAGCUCCCGUGCCAUCGGAUGCCGUUCAACGUCCCGUUGCUCCCAAAAAUGUUGGCAAGCCAGGAAUGAUUCCGCCGCCGCCAUCAAAAGCUGAUGAAACUCUUCCCUGUUUGGAUAUUCCUCUGGUUUCGACGACUCCAGCAACUCCGAUUCCAGCGAAAAAUGAGGAAACAGAAACGACUUCCAUGGAAACAAUUAAACCCGAAUCGUCAAAUAAUAAAGAAAUUCCGAAAAUAACGGAAGAACAUGUUGAACCAGCGGUUUGUGGCGUUGGAGUUGAUGUAGCGAGUACUAAAGAUAGUGGGACUGAGCGAUUGAUAAACACGCCAAGUCCUGCAGGUGAAAAGCCUCCAGCGUCUCCAAUUUGUCUCAGACCAUAUCGCAAGAUAGAGGAUGUGAAUACGGUUAAAAGACAACCGAAAACUGGUUGGUUGUAAAUUUAAAAAAAAAAAUAUGAGAACAUUAUUUUUUAAAAGGAAAAAAAUCACAAAAAAAAAUUAAAAAAUUUUGAAAAAAUAAAAAAAAAAGUUUUACCUGAAUAAAAAAUUUAUAAUUUUCAUUAAAUUUA